GUGGCCAUUGUGUCCCGUCUGGAACACGAGAGUUGAAGUCCGGGAACUCAAAUUGCUGGGAAACCCGGAGACGUGGGGGGCAACUUAAUCCUCCCAAGAAUGUUCAGAGUUACGUCCGAAAGGCAGAAAAGAAAAGUGUUGGGAGCACAGUUAUCUCUGUACCCGACUCAGCAAUUCCUGUUUGUCGGAAUUAGUGCUACGGCAAAGAUCCCCUGUUCUUCCAAAGAAAAACUGGAAGGAGGUGGCAUUUCGGUUUAUUGGUACAGGAGAAGAGAAGGCGAGGGGCCCACCUGCAUCAAGAAAUGCUUAGAUGAUCAAAAUGUAAGUAAGUUUGCCUGCAAACCCGAGACACACGGCAUGACACUGGAAAUCUACAACGUCCAGCAGAACGAGUCUGGUGACUAUUACUGUGCUGUUAAAACCAGCAGCUAUCUGAUUUUCGGCAAUGGAUCCACACUGAUUGUUGGAGACAGCUACACCACCAGCAGCUGGGUUUUGCUUCUGGCUCCAUCUCUCCCUGGUCUUAUUUCCACUGGGACGGUUGAUCUGGCUUGCCUUGUUCAUGGAGUUUCCAACCCAGUCCAAAUUUCCUGGAAUAUUUCUGGGGAUUGGCAGGAACAAGCACUAAUGCGAUCACUGAAAGCAAAGGAUGGAUCCUUAAUGCUCAUAAGUCACAUUAGCAUCCCGAAGGACGCCUGGACCAGUGCGAAAAUUCUCACCUGUGAAGUCAAAUUCAACUCUUCUGGCAACAGUGUGAAGAAAAGUGCCAGGUAUAUUGAACGCUUUGACGAUGGAUGCUUUCAGUACGCCGUUCCCCUGGCAGUAGGGGGAGCCCUGGUGCUGUUGAUGGUGUCUCUGAGCCUUGUUUGGAUUUGCUGCCCUUCCACUCGAGGAUUCCAGGCCUGCAGCUCAGCACCGCCAGCCCCAGAGGAGCACCAGGAUGGGCUUGUGUACUGUCAGCUGGAUUUUGAUUCGAGGCAGCGUGGCCGGAGCACGAUGGAGCGACCAGCGAGAGGGAAGAGUGAAAAAUCCUGACCUACCUGGUACAGGGGGAUCUGAACUGGCAAACUGACUGCUGAUCCGAAUGGGAUGAGUUGAAUCCUUCCUGGCUCCCAGGUCUCGUCUGGGCUCAAUCUCUGCACCAAUCGAGCAAAACCAAGUUAGUUACAUUAGCGUAAACCCCGUGUAGGGACGCGGCUUUACAGCUAAUUCAAAGGUAUUGGGGUUAGUUAUAUUGUUCCUGUACAAGCAAUGCCAAUAAACACCAUUUGUAACUGUGUACACACUGGGGCUUGCAUAGAUUUAACACAGUCGUUUCCCCUGAUUUAGUUAAACUGGUUCAGAAAUGGGAUGGUUAGAUG